AAUCUUUUUGAAGGACUAAAAAAGAAAACUGACAUCCAUAUCCAUUAUAGAGAGAACAGUUUCGAUUCAUAUCACGAGGUCAACGCAUCCUUCACUCACUAUACUAUCACAGAAGCCAGCGUCUACUUCUAAUCGCCGAGAUGAAGCUGUCACCGAGGGAGGUGGAGAAAUUGAUGUUACACAAUGCUGGAUUCUUGGCUCAAAAGCGUCUUGCUCGUGCCAAAAGGCUUAAUUACCCUGAAGCUGUUGCACUUAUCGCUACUCAGAUUUUGGAGUUUGUACAUGAUGGUGACAAGAGCGUCGCUGAAUUAAUGGAUAUUGGGAGACAACUUUUAGGAAGGAGGCAAGUUCUUCCAGCUGUUCCACACCUUUUAGACUCUGUGCAGGUUGAGGGGACGUUUCCUGACGGUACAAAGUUAAUUACGGUACAUGAUCCGAUAUCAUGUGAAAAUGGAAACUUGGAUCUAGCUUUACAAGGCUCUUUUCUUCCAGUUCCUUCACUUGAAAAGUUUCCAGAUAUAGAAGGUGGUAAGAUUCCUGGUGAAUUAAUCUUAAGCAAUGGAAAUAUAUUGCUUAACGCGGGAAGGGAGGCUGUAAAAAUCAACGUAACUAAUGAUGGAGAUAGACCAAUACAGGUUGGCAGCCAUUAUCAUUUCAUUGAGGUCAAUCCAUCUUUGAUUUUUGAUCGAAGAAAAUCAUAUGGCAUGAGGUUAAAUAUACCAGCAGGAACAGCUACCCGGUUUGAGCCAGGGGAUGCAAAACCUGUUAUUCUUGUAAGGAUUGGAGGUAAUCAAGUUAUCAGAGGAGGUAAUGCUAUAGCAGACAACCAUGCCAAUGAUUCCAAUGUCCAAACAGUCAUGGAAUCUAUAACUGCAAGAAGAUUUGGCAAUUCAACAGAUACUGGUACCAGUAAUGGUAUCAUUAUAGAAGGAUCUCCGCUAGCUUAUAGUAUGCCUCGUGAGGCUUAUGCUAAUAUGUAUGGUCCUACUGUUGGCGACAAAAUUCGUCUGGGUGAUACUGAAUUGUUUGCACAAGUUGAAAAAGAUUUUGCUGUUUAUGGUGACGAGUGUGUGUUUGGUGGUGGAAAAGUUAUAAGAGAUGGAAUGGGGCAAGCUGCAGGGUUUUCUGCAGCUGAUUGUUUGGAUACAGUUAUUACAAAUGCUUUGAUAAUUGAUUAUACGGGAAUUUUUAAAGCAGACAUUGGUAUUAAAGGGGGUUGUAUUUCUUCCCUUGGGAAAUCAGGAAAUCCUGAUGCCAUGAAUGGUGUUUCUGAUAACAUGAUUAUUGGGGUGAGCACAGAGGUGAUUGCUGGAGAAGGCAUGAUAGUGACAGCUGGCGCUAUAGAUUGUCAUGUUCAUUUCAUAUGCCCUCAAUUGGCACAUGAAGCAAUAUCUAGUGGUAUCACAACAGUGAUAGGAGGUGGGACGGGACCUGCUGACGGGACCCGUGCGACCACUUGUACCCCCGGACCUAUACAUAUGAAAUCUAUGCUGCAAGCCACUGAUGACUUGCCACUUAAUUUUGGUUUUACUGGGAAAGGUAAUAGUGCUAAACCAGAAGGUAUACAUGAAAUAAUUAGGGCUGGUGCAAUGGGACUAAAGCUUCAUGAGGAUUGGGGAACCACUCCUGCUACUAUCGAUAAUUGUUUGGCUGUUGCAGACCAAUAUGAUAUCCAGGUUAAUAUCCAUACAGACACCUUGAAUGAAUCUGGAUUCGUUGAACACACAAUUGCUGCAUUUAAGGAUAGAACAAUUCACACAUACCACAGUGAAGGUGCAGGGGGUGGUCAUGCUCCAGAUAUCAUUAAAGUCUGUGGUGUUAAGAAUGUUCUGCCCUCAUCAACAAAUCCAACACGUCCUUUCACUAAGAACACAAUUGAUGAACAUCUUGAUAUGCUGAUGGUCUGCCAUCACCUUGAUAAGAACAUACCCGAGGAUGUGGCAUUUGCUGAGUCACGGAUCCGGGCAGAAACAAUUGAGGCCGAAGACAUUUUGCAUGAUAUGGGGGCAAUAAGCAUUAUAUCCUCUGAUUCACAGGCUAUGGGCCGCAUUGGGGAGGUAAUUACAAGAACUUGGCAAACAGCCCACAAGAUGAAGUUACAAAGAGGCCCGAUUGAUGGUAAUAUACCAGAUAAUGACAACCUUCGCAUCAAACGGUACAUUGCUAAAUACACAAUAAAUCCAGCUAUAGCUAAUGGGAUUUCUGACCAUGUUGGAUCAGUUGAGGCUGGAAAGCUGGCUGAUCUUGUAAUUUGGAAGCCAUCUUUCUUUGGGGUAAAACCAGAAAUGGUGAUUAAAGGAGGCGAUAUUGCAUGGGCUAACAUGGGCGAUCCAAACGCAAGCAUCCCUACUCCUGAACCAGUUAUAAUGAGGCCCAUGUUUGGAGCAUACGGCAAAGCUGGAAGCGCCAACUCCAUUGCUUUCGUUAGCAAGGCUGCUAUGGACUGCAAUAUAAAGACCUUUUAUGGGCUCAAUAAAAAGGUGAAAAGUGUGAAAAAUGUAAGAAAUCUCACAAAACUCGACAUGAAACUAAACGAUGCCCUACCAAAGAUUGAGGUUGAUCCAGAGACAUAUGAAGUUACCGCAGACGGUGUGCAUCUCACAUGUCCUGCAGCUACAACAGUUCCUCUUUCUAGAAAUUACUUCCUAUUUUAGGGGCUAUCAAUUUGACUAGCAGGAAUGUAUCUCGUUGAAAUUAUCACAUGAUUUCCGGAAUCUUCUCAUGAGCAUUCUUGGGUCUUUUUGCUUCAAAUUCUAACUUAUGAUUGAUGGAGAAUGGAGAGGACUCAAUAACAUGUGACAUUGAUUUGAGUUGCUAUUUUUAUUAUUUUUGCAACAAUUGCAGCCAAACAAAUUGUUCUCCACUUAUAACACGCAAUUAUUUAUUUAUUCUACAUUAGGACUCACUUUUUAGAUAUCAGUAAUAAGUCAUGGAUUCAAUUC